AUGAAGGUUCCGAAUCUUAUAUAUACAUUUGUUCUGUCCGCAAAUGCCAUUGCCAUAGGCGCCUCUCCUGAUCCUUCCCUCCUACUCGGUCCCAUUUUCCCACCUCCUCGAUAUCUAGGCACGAAUUUCGGGUUUCUCGCAACACAUUCUCAACUAUCGUCAACUCUCAGAAGAACCCUGGAGCAAGGCUACGGUCCAUUCGGAAACUUCACGCCAAAUGCUUCUUCGGUCUCUAUCUCCAUGACUAGCACGGCAGAAACGCCAGCAAUAUAUUCAUUUAACUUUACAGGUUCGGGUCUGAAUGCUAGUGCCGGUGGCACCGAGAGUGUUUCUGUCGACACGGUGUUCAGAAUUGGGAGCAUCUCUAAGCUUUUUACGGUGUAUACUUUCCUUUUGCACAAUGGGCUGGAGCUAUGGGAACGGCCAAUCACUAAGUACGUACCGGAGCUCUGCAAUAUAUCCCGAAACUCAGACAGUUUCGCAAAUUUGGACAGAGUGAGAUGGGAAGACGUAACUCUUGGUUCGCUUGCAAGCCACAUGUCUGGCAUCGGGCGAGAUUACGGAAGUGCAGAUCUAUCCCUGUUUCAAUUUCCAUGGACUGAGCAUGGCUUGCCUCAACUAUCCCGUUCUGACAUUCCUACGUGCGGUGGGAGUGAAAAGCACCAGAGACCUUGUACACGAGAAGAGUAUUUUGAAGGUUUUGUGCAUCACCACCCUGUCUUUCGGCCGCACUCUACUCCGAUAUACUCGAACACAGCGUUUCGAAUUCUGAGCUAUGCUCUCGAAGAAAUAAUAGGAGAUUCGUUCGAUAAUAUUAUCGAGGAAUGUGUCUUCAGGCCCUUGGUGUUGAAUCAUAGCGGCAUGCACAAGCCAGCUGAUAAUUCAGGGGUGAUACCCCAGGGCGACAGCAUGUGGUCUUAUGACAUUGGUGACGAAGGACCGGGUGGUGGCAUGUAUUCCUCAUCUUCGGACCUGGCAAAAUUCGGUCGAGACAUAUUGCUCAGCGCUCAACUUUCCUCCUCUGUCAGACGAAGAUGGAUGAAGCCGAUGGCGCAUACAUCAGGACAGACGCUGUCUGUUGGCGCUCCUUGGGAAAUAUGGCGCACACGAAGCAAUAUAACAACUGGGCAUGCCGUCGAUUUGUAUACCAAAGGCGGCAGCAUUGGCUUGUACAACUCUCUCGUCGUCCUGAUCCCGGACUACCAAGUCGCUGUUUCUAUCCUGAUUGCUGGGCCAGAGGGUAGCGUUAUACAAGCAAUUGCUGAGACGGUUGCUCAGAUGUUCAUUCCUAUUAUCCAUCAAUCGACUCGAGAAGAAGCCACAAAGAAUCUUGUGGGUUCUUAUGUUGCAAAUGACAAUCUCAACUCAUCGAUGAUGCUGAAAGCCGACGAUCUCGGCUUGAUAGUAGAGAAGUGGAUCAACAACGGCUCUGAUCUUCUAGAUCUUAUUGAGACAUACUCGCAGAUCACAAAUGGAGGUCAUGUCAGGUCGGUGAGGCUGUAUCCGACUGAUUUGGAGGACCAUAUUGGUGAAGAGAUUAGAGUGGGAUAUCGUGUCCUCUUUGAUGUCUCGACAGGGGAGAAGCCUGGGACGAGGGUGUUCGAUCAAUCUCUGAAUUCUUGGGGUCAAAUAGAUCAGGUUACUUAUGGUAAGACCGGAGUUGAUGACGCUGUCCUUGAGUUUGAUGAGGAUGGCAGUGCUGUCUCGAUCGAGGCUCGCGUUCUUGGUGUUAAGCUUUUUAAAGCCUAA